GCUAAACUACAGUCGGACGACUUCAGCUCCACCACUUGUUUCUUGGCCGAUAAAUCUCUGAUUCUCUCUUGUCAUUCCUGAACAUCAAUGGCUACGAUCUCUUCCAAUCUUCUGUACCUGAACACUCGUCGUUCUCCACCUUUUUCACAGCAGUUUCAAUCUUCAACCCGAACUAAACCCAUCACUGUAUCAAUCAUUAAAGCUCAGCUGGCCCCUUCUCCAAAGGAGGAUAUUGUCAUCGUCGGCGCGGGGAUUGCCGGGCUUUCAACUGCACUCGCCCUUCACAGGCUCGGAAUUGGGUCAAUUGUGCUUGAGCAAGCAGUAUCCCUUCGGACUGGUGGAACUUCACUCACCCUUUUCAAGAAUGGUUGGCAGGUGUUGGAUACAAUAGGAGUAGGAAACGAUCUGAGGAAACAAUUUCUUGAAAUCCAAGGGAUGGUUAUAAAGUCAGAAGAUGGGAGGGAGCUGCGCUCCUUCAGAUUCAAAGAUGAAGAUGAAAGCCAAGAGGUCCGUGCCGUGGAAAGGAGGAUACUUUUGGAGACUCUCGCCAAUCAGUUGCCGCCAGAUACAGUACAGUUUUCUUCGAAGCUGGCCAAUAUUGAGCGUACUGAAAAUGGUGAAAUUUUGUUGGAACUUGAGGACGGGGCUCGAUUAUAUUCAAAGAUCGUAAUUGGUUGUGACGGGAUCCGCUCUCCGAUAGCAAAGUGGAUGGGGUUCUCAGGACCGAGGUACGUUGGCCAUUGCGCUUUCCGUGGGCUUGCAAGUUAUCCUGAAGGCCAGCCGUUUGAACCAAAAGUAAAUUACGUAUAUGGUAGAGGGCUGCGUGCUGGAUAUGUUCCAGUUUCUCCUACAAAAGUAUACUGGUUCAUCUGCUUCAACCGAUCAUCGCCAGGUCCAAAAAUUACAGACGCAUAUGAGCUGAAGAAGAAAGCUAAGGAGCUAGUCAGGAACUGGCCUUCGGAGCUAUUGAACAUCAUAGAUGUUACCCCUGAUGACACAAUCAUUAGAACGCCACUUGUUGACCGUUGGCUGUGGCCGGCCGUCACCCCUCGGGCUUCGGAUGGUGGAGUUGUUCUAGUCGGAGAUGCAUGGCACCCAAUGACUCCCAAUCUUGGGCAAGGUGCUUGUUGUGCAUUGGAGGAUGCAGUAGUUCUAGCAAGAAAGCUCGCCAAUGCAAUCAUUUCUGAGCCAGAGUCUAUAGAAAGUGCUUUUAGAUCGUAUGAAGCCGAAAGAUGGCCCCGUGUGUUUCCACUAACCAUUCGAGCAAAUCUUGUGGGAUCGGCUUUGCAGUGGGAAAACCCACUUGUGUGUUCUGUUAGGAACAAUGUUGUCAUCCCAAAGCUGGUUAGGCUUGGACCCUUGUUGGAGCAUACGAAUUUUGAAUGUGAGCCCUUAUAGACCUUCAAAUUCCAUACCUUCUUGCCCCUUGUGUGUACAGUAUUAUGUGGUUGAAUAUACUUUCUUAUUCUCGAGCAAUUUUCAUUCUA